UAGUUCCUUGCUUGUGUAUGCUAAGCGCCAAGACUGAAAGUUUACUGUUAUAGGUAUUUGCCCGGUUCUUAUUAAUUUGGUUAUAUUUAAUAGCAAUGGUGCAAUAUUGUUGCUGUUAUGGGUGCAAAGAAAGAUAUGUGAAAGGAGGAACAGUUACUUUUCAUAGUUUCCCGAAAGACGAACGAAGAGCGAAAAUAUGGCUCCAGAACAUAAAUAGGCCGAAUUUCGUCCAUACAAGGUACUCGAAAGUGUGUUCGAAGCACUUUACGGAAGAAAGCUUUGAUAGGGAGAGGUUUGGAGGCGUCUGGCUCAAGAACGAUGCUAUACCAACAGUUUUUGAUUGUUGUGAGCGCCCACCAAAAGCAGCAGCAAAAAAACGUCCACCAAAAAGAGAUAAUUCACAAAAUCUUAAUGAGCUCCUGGCAAGCAUUCAGAGUAGAAAUGUUCCGAUUCUACCAGCGCCCUCUACUUCAGCAAACAGUAAAAGACAUUACAGUAUUUGGUGUAUUUCAGUAGUGCCACCAUCAGCACCCAAACCUGAGCAAACUUGGCCAGAUGAUGAAAGAAACAGGGAAAUUACUUCAUUAGUAGGUGACUCAAACAUUAUGCCAAAUGAUUCAGCUACCAACAAAAUGCAGUUGGGAAUCGCCACGAAAAAGGAGUUAGAUGACAGAGAGAAUCGAGACUAUUUUUUGUGUGGCACAGUGAAGCAGGAACAGGAGUAUGAGCACAUGACUGUGAAGAAGGAACCAGUAGAAGACCCUGAUGAAUCUAUGUAUUCAGCAACUGAAGAGGAGUGUGAGCACAUCGUUGUGAAGGAAGAACCGAUAGAAGAGCCUGAUGAAUCUGUGAAUUCAGCAACUGAAGAGGGAUGUGAAAUCACGAUAGUGAAGGAGGAACCAGCAAAUGAUCCUGAUGAGUCCACAUAUGCAGCACCUGGAGAGGUGUGUGGGAGGAUAAAUGUGAAGGUGGAACAGGAGCCUGAAUACGAAGGGAACUCCUGGGAGGAGCACAGAACACAGAAACAAAAAUUACCUGAGAUCGAGGGUGCAGGGUGCAGUCGUCUCCGAGUUUUGGCUCGUGUCGGCACCGGUGUCGGGUGUAUCUAGACAUUCGAGCUGUCCUCAGGAACCAGAAUACAUAGAAGUGAAGAGCGAACCACUCGAGGCAGAGGAAGUUACUGGUGACGGGGCCACACAUAGGGACUCCCUCUGUUUCUGGUGAACGUUUUUCCCCAAGCUUCACCACCAGCUCACUUGAUAUUUCUGGCACGAAUAUGACAAUAACAGCAGGCUGCAAGAGUCUGGAAAUUCACAGGUUUCUAUGAAGUAAGGGGGAGGGGGGACAACCCAGAAAGUUGUAUGUCAAAUGUGAUGAUGUGUACAAUCUCUAAAGACAUUCAGGAGAAUGCAAUGUGAAACUGGAGAGAGAUUAUCUUAAUCGGUAGAUGCAGUGCAAAACUCCUUUUCCUUAAGCAGUUGAUGCAUUUACAGGUAUAUAUGAUUAUCAUUACUCCUCUUAUGUGUCGUUUUUAUUUUUUGUUCUUUGCUCGCGGAAACUUUCCCACUUUUCUGUUUAACAUUUACAGAUGCCGUAAUACCUCAGUGAACAGUGUCUGGCAAGAUGACUGUGUAUUUAUUUAUUAGGCCUACCUCUCCAAGUUUUUAAAAAAACAAUGCAAGAAACACAUUUUGCUACUUUCUUUUAUUUCUCAAAAUAUUUGUCUUCAUAAUUUAUAGACUUCUACACUUGUUCAAACCAAUUCAGGAAACACUUUUUGCCAAUAUUUUGUUGCUACCUUAAAGGACUCUACAGCUUCUAGAGGUAAAAAAUCAAGUGAAUCUGGCCAGCAACUAAUUAUUUCAAUGCAGUUCCGCAUAAAUUUAUCUAGCAUCGACAUGAAGAACGACACAACAUUUUUCGUUUUCUGUCCGAUACCCUCGAUGCGAAUUAUUCGAUCUUCAUUGAAAUUGUGAAUAAUCUACCAGGAAUAAAUGUUUUUCACUGCUGACUGACCCUGCGAAAUCAUAUGCGCUGCAGUCUUGGAUACACCUAAAGACAGCUGUGUCUUACAGUCCCAUGCCAGUGGUCUGAACCGUGUUGCGUACCUUACUAAUGUAUUUUUGAACAGUUAAUUUACAUGAGCUUAACAAAAUACAUUGUUGACAAUAGCACAACCCUGAUGAAAUUUUAUGAACCAGUUGUAAAAAACUCUUUUUAGAAGAUGAUAGAUUGCGAAAAGUUGAUUAAAAUGAUUCAAAAAAAUAAAAUGUCAUCGAACAGAAAUCUUCACUCACAAUUUCCAUGUUUUCCCAAGAUUGUUCCUUUGCAUGCUCACUGAAAUCAGU